CUGGCCAGGUGCUGCGGGCCUACUGUUUACCAAAACUAAAAUAUAUUUAAAGCAUUUACACACAAAAUAUUUAUAUCAGUUAUAAUAGAGGUAGAGUUCAAAGGAUAUUGAAGAGUCUAAAUAAAAUAGAAUGUCAUGCGAUAACAUUUCUCAACAGGCUGAUGAAAUCGAGGCAUUAAGGUCGAUUUACGAGGGAAAUUUUUCCAUUGAGGAUGAGGCCAAUCGCUCCUAUGCCAUUCAGGUUGAAGAGGGUAGUAAAGAAGCAAUUUUGUAUUUCCAAUUUCCUGAAGACUACCCUGCUAACAGUCCACCAGUGUUCCAAAUAUCAGCGCCCUGGCUCAAAGGCACUCAAAGAGCGGAGGCAUCUUCUCAACUAGAAAAUGUUUUCUUAGAAAAUAUUGGAGAACCAGUGAUUUAUCAGUGGGUUGAAAAGCUGCGAGAGGUACUUCAGUCAUUUAAUGACUCCGAGUCGUGCAACACUGAAGAGAAUCCAAUUCAGGCGACUCAUGAAAAUAAGAGCGAACUUCAUUCCCAAUAUCCCCUAGUGCAUGGAGAGCCUUUGCAAGCUGGCAAGUGUACUUUUCAAGGCCAUCUGGCAAUCGUCAAAUCCACGGAUGACGUUAAAGAAGCCUUACAAACGCUUCUUGAAAUUAAAAAGGUCGCAAAUGCCACGCACAACAUGUAUGCAUACCGCAUUAAAAAGGAAUCUGGGAACGUCAGCAGUGAUUGUGAUGACGAUGGAGAAACUCAUGCUGGGAGCAGAAUGUUACACUUGCUAGAGAUUUUGAAUGUCACUAAUGUGUUAGUGGUCGUGACACGGUGGUUUGGAGGGGUGCAUCUGGGUCCAGCAAGAUUCCAACACAUUAACAAUGCAGCUCGACAGGUACUGACACAAGCUCAAAUGAUUGUAGAUGAGAAAAAGGGAUCAAAGUAAAAUCGAUAAGUUUUUUUAUGAAGUAUAGCUAUUAUAAUGUCAUCUAUGGGUCAAAUAAAGUAAAGUUUUCAAUGCAUUUGAUAAGCCAUGAAUAUUCAAGAGCUUUGAUGUGCUUCAUGUUGAACUCGAUAAAAUUUU